CGGCUCUUCCUGGCGGACGCAUCGGAGGCGCGCGGUGAUGGCGAUGCCCUGAGCCUUCGCCCCAGGAGCUUCAGGCCUGGAUGUUGGUGCUGCUCCUCCCAGACGAUGUGGCUGAUACCCUGGAGAAGGCCGCUCCUGCCCCCUGUUCUGCAAGUGCCUGAGCUGCCGGCCGGCUGGGACCUGCGUCUCGCCCUGUGGGUGCUGAGUUUCACCUCGGCCAUCGCGCGCAUGGAGGGCCAGGUCUACUCUCCGACUGUCAACACUCACUAUGGGAAGCUGCGGGGCGUGCGCGUGCCGCUGCCCAGCGAGAUCCUGGGGCCUGUGGACCAGUACUUGGGGGUGCCUUACGCCGCCCCCCCGGUUGGGGAGAAGAGGUUCAUGCCCCCGGAGCCACCGCCGUCCUGGUCGGGCAUCAGGAACGCUACGCACUUCUCGCCCGUCUGCCCCCAGAACAUUCACAACGCCGUCCCCGAGAUCAUGCUGCCCAUCUGGUUUACCUCCAACUUGGAUAUAGUGGCCACGUACAUCCAGGACCCCAACGAGGACUGUCUGUACCUCAACAUCUACAUCCCCACGGAGGAUGUAAAACGGAUUUCCAAGGAAUGCACCCGAAAGCCCAACAAGAAAAUAUGUAGGAAAGGAGGAGCCAGCGCUAAGAAACAGGGCGAGGACUUAGCGGAUAAUGACGGGGAUGAAGACGAAGGUAUUUGUGUGCUCGAGGCUGCCACUGCAUGACCCGCACAGCCACUGCGCUGCCCGCCACCCGCUGCCAUUGCCCGGGACCCCG